GUGCUUUAGAUCGUGGAUGGAAAUCCGAACAAAUUCUGCCAAAAUUAUCCAACGGGUCGUUAUUCCAUGGCUUUUUCGAUCAAAUGGGCCAUUCGCGAAAAAAGCUUCGAACCAAUAUUACUGUUUAG